ACACAUUAACGCGGGAAAUCAAACAGAAUUUUAUGCCGAAAGUACACAUUCACCGAGACGACCCGAGCAUGGACCCGAGUAUGGAUGCUCACUAUACUGGAAAAGCGUCGAGAGUGUCGAGACUCGAGAUUAUGGAGUUUGUUUUCGCAUCCCGGCCGCCUCUACUUGUGCGAGGCGGGCUGCUCGGGUCGCCUCUAAGCAUUCGCAUAUGCUACCGGGAUAGUUGAUAAUUGAAUUCCUCAUACAGAAAAAGUGAUCAGUUUAUUUAUAUUUUUGGAAAAAAAUGCAUAAUACACAUGCAGUAAUUAAUUCGUAAUAUGCUUUCAUUAUAAUGAUUUCAACAUAAUAUACAGGCAUUCUAUUUUUUUCUAAAUGUGGUGUAUCUAACCAGCAGAGUUUACAGCAAUAAGCCAUAAACUGUGCUCUUAUAAAAUUCACUAUUUUAGAAAGAAAUGGUUUUGGCAACUGACAAGAGUUGACAGUUUUAGUGUGACGUAAAACAUUGACAGCAAACGGUUUGUGUAUAUAUAGUCACUAUUUUUUGAUGAAAAAUGUGGCUUAAUGUUUCAUUAUAAUGCAAACUUAUCACAUUUAUUUAACACUGUGUUGUUAAUAGAAGUUUUCUGUCCAUCUAGGAUAUUGAAACAUGUGCCAUUUCAAUUGUGUAAAUUUAAUUUGUUGAAGUUGAACCGCUACAAAUGGCGUCGGACAUUGAAGCUUCAUGUGAAAAUGAUCCAAAUUUCGCAGUUCUUUGUGCUUUUUUAGAGAAAUUCGGUACUCAGAGUGGUUUACCGAAAUAUGACUUUCAGGAACUGCAAGGAAUGUUGGAAAAUUCUGAAGAAGUUCAUCCAGUUCUGGUAGACCUUUUCUUAAGAUUGCUGAGAAGAGCCAAGAAAUCUUUUAAAAAUGAUAAAUGGGAGAAGGCUAUAGCUGCAAUUUGUCAUAGAUUUAGUACACAAGAUGCAUGGGAAAUUGAGAGGUUUGGCUAUAAAAAAGCCAAACUCACAACAAAAGUUAGAAUUCUUAAGGAGUUACUCGAAAUGCAAUUUGACCAUCACAUGAAGUUUAAAAAUGAGAUAAACAAAUUGGCCGCUGAUGUUCUCAGAUCACAACCAUUAGGUAGAGAUAAAGCUGGACAUAACUAUUGGUUUUUAUCUGAUGAAUACUAUCAAAUAAGAGUUUAUAAAGAAGAUUUGGAUGAGGAAACCUGGACCUUAGUUGCUAAAGAUAGAGAAAGUUUGGUGUCUCUUAUAACUAAGUUAAGUGAUGGAGAUUACAAAAUUAGUUCAGAUUCAGCUGUAAAUGAAGAUAGUAAUUCACUUUCUGAAAAACCUGUUAUUGAUACUGGUCAAAAAGAUGACGAAACUAAAGAUGAAGUUAUCGAAAAACCAAAUGAUAAUACAGAAGUAAAAGAAUCUCAAGAAAAUGUUGAUAAUAAAGAUAGUGGUGAUGAUGAAUCAACACUAAGAAUUAAGAAAUUGAGCGGAGUCUUAGAAAAUGAACCAAAAAGGCCUAAAUUAGAGAUGGCCAAAGAAAUAGAAAAAGAUAAAGUUUUGAAAAUUGAAUUAACUAAUUUAGUAUCAAAAGAAAUCAAAGACCCUCCUGUUUUAGUGAAAGGUGAUGGUGCAGGUGCUGAUAGUGAAGCCAUUCCUAUUGUAGGUGAUGAAUUUGAAGAAGAAACUGUGUAUUUUUUUGGUGAAGGCAGUGGAGAGGAUUGUCAGACAGGCAAUGAGGAAAAAAUUGCAGAAAAUGAUAGCUCUAGUAAAACAAAUAAUGACAGUAUUAAUAAAAAUUUAGUUACAAAUAAUGAUCAUGUAGAUAAAAGUGGGGGAGUUCCUUGUACAGUAAAUCCAGUAGAAAUUAAUAGCAAGACUGACAAUAAUAGCUCUAAAAAAUUUCUGAAUCCUGAAAAGGAAAAAAAUUCAUCACAAAGUGUUGAAAAAGAUACUUGCUUGGAAAAUGAUUCAGAAAAAGACUUUGAAUUACCCAAUAAACAAACUCUUACAACAAGUCCAACAGUAGAAGACAAUCACACAAAAGAAAAUGAAAAAAAAUGUGUUGAAAGUAACAGUACUAAUAAAGUUACUGAUGAAGUUAGUCAUAAUGAUCACCAUUCUAAAGAAACUACAAUAGCCUAUGAAGAAUAUUCUAAUGAGCUCAAAAAGAUGGAAGAUAAUAAUAAAGUUCUUCCUGUUAUUGAAGAAGUUUGUGUGAAAAAAAUUGCAUAUGUAUGUGGAAAUGAAGACAAACUAAAUACUAUUUCAAAUAUGGAAGAUAGUUCAUCAUAUAUUGAAAAAAGUGAAGAUCCUACACCACAGAUUGAGAAAACAGAUGAUUCUCCAUUAACUAUCAAGAGAACAGAAGAUUCUUCACUUGAUUUAAAAAAUAUAGAAGAUUCUACAUUUCUGAUAGAAAAAACAGAAAGCCCUUUACCUCUAAUUGCAAAUAUUGAAGAUAAAUCUACUAUUGAGAAUACAGAAGAAAUUUCAUCUUCUAUUGAAAAGAAGGAAGAAACAGAAAACACAUCUGCCAUUGAAAAAAUAAACUCUUCAUCUCCUGAAACUGGGGAAGAUUCUUAUAAUAAAGAAACAGAAAACUUUGAAAAAGAACCCUGUAAGACAGAUAUAAAAGAUGAAACUCAACAAGAUACUGAAGAAACUCAAAAAACAGCCCCAAAAAAAUCGUUAAGAUCUGUAAGAAGUAAAAAAAUAUGUAUUGCUUCAACAAAAGAAAAUGAAAAUGCAAAAGAAGAAAUUGCUCAUGAUGUUCCACCAGAAGUUAUUUAUGUUAAAGGAAGAAAGAGUGCAAGAGCUAAAUUGAAAGAUACAGAAUCUAUAGGAGCUACAAACAAAAAGCCUAAAUUGGUCCAGGAGAAUAGUGAAGAUAAAGAACAAACUGCUUCAUUGGAAGGAAUGGAAAACAAGUCAAACACUGGUAAAGGAAGUAUGACAAGUACAAAUUCGUCUCGGGUUUCAUCACCUAUUUCUCUAGCUGAUUCUACAAUAACAGUGCCUGAAUCAGCCGAUAGUAUUGAAGCUCCACCUAUUGAAAAUGAUCCGCUAGCAGACCCUCUUGCUUCAGAAGAAGAUCUAGCAGUACCACAACCACAAAAUAUACAGUCAUUUUCUUUUGAUUAUAAUGAUUCUUCAACCCCUCCUCCAAUACCAAUUAUUCCUUCUGUAAGAACUCUUAGAGGAAAAAGACGACGAGAAACUAGUCCUAUAGAAGAUGCUACAUCUGACAAAGAUGGAAAGAGGAGAAAAAUCAAGGGAAAGAGACAAAUUGACGUGGAAUUAAGAAAAAGUAUCGAGCAGAAAAAAGAGCAACAACUAAGCAGUAGCGAUGAAGUUAUUGAAAUCUCAGAUACUGAUGUGAAAUCUAAAAAACCUACAACAAAGAAGAAAAAACCAAUUGCUAAGGGAAAAAAACUGUCACCAACUGAUAUCAUUAGUCUAAGUGAUGAUGAUUCCAAUAGUACACCUACUCUUGUGAAAUCUGCUCCCAAGCCUAAGAAACCAAUAGUUAGACAUCCUGAAAAUAAGAACAAGAGAUUACUUGCUGGACUGGAUAUUUCAAAUACGGACCUUGAAGAAACAUCAGGUGUUCGACAAUCGAGAAGGAUAGCCCAAAUAAAAAUAAAAGAACAAUCAGAGCAUCCUAACAAGUCUGAGUCUAAAGAUGACAAUAAAUGUAAAAAGAAAAAAUCAGAAAAGAACGUCGUGAUAGUAGAAAAGAAGAAAACUAACAAAGAUAAACUGAAAAAAGAAGAUUCAUCUGAACCUGAAGUUGUUAGAGACGAUUUUUUGAAAAAGAAGAGACGGAGGGGUAAAAAGCAAAGGAAUAAAUUCGACGAAAAUCGUCCUUGGCAAUCCAGUAGUGAAUCUAGUGAAGAACAUGAGGAGAUUGAAGAGGAAGAAGAGGUUAUUGAGGAAUAUGAACCACCUCUUGAUUUUAAGUCUGAUCAUGAGUUCUCUCCCGAAAGUGACAUCGAGAAUACAGAUACAUAUCAACCACCAAAAAGAGCUAGAACAGCUCGGAAGAAAGUUGAAGUAGAAGAUUCUGAGGAUGCAGAAGAAGAUUUUCCAUGUCAGAAGUGUGGCAAAUCUGAUCAUCCUGAAAUGGUAUUGCUCUGUGAUAAAUGUGAUAAUGGUUGGCAUUGCUCCUGCCUCCGUCCACCUCUGUUAAGCAUUCCUGAAGGUGACUGGUUUUGUCCGCCUUGCCAACAUAUAAAAUUGGUCGAAAAUCUUCAUGCCAAAUUACUGGAAUAUGAUAAAAAAUUAAGUAAAAAAGAUUUAGAAGAUAGAAGAAAAGAAAGGUUAGCAUAUAUAGGUAUUAGUUUGAACAAUGUACUCCCAUCCAAAGAGAAGGAACAUAGGAAGAAGAGGCGAAGGCAUUCUGAAGACAUUAUGGAAUCUAGUAGUGAACAAUCAGAAUCCACCCAAUCUGAAAGUGACAGUGAUAGCGAUGAACCAAUAUAUCAACUCAGGCAACGUAGGCAGGCAAAAAGUUACAAAUUUAAUGAAUUUGAUGAUCUCAUUAAUUCUGCUAUUCAAGAUGAGAUAGAAGAGAAGCAGCAAGAUGAAGCAACGCAAAGUCGCGGUAAAGACAUGGCAACAAUAGUGAAAGCAGAAGAAGCAGAACGAAAAGAAAGAGAAUUAUCUGAUAAGAAAGAGCAAAAUGACGAAAAAGGAACAAAAGAUAAUGUUGACAGUAAAGAAAAUAUUGAGGAAGAUAAAGUUGAGAAAGAUAAGGCUGAAUCUGAUGAUGAAGUAAUCAAGCCCCCUGUAAAAAGAAGAAAGAAGAGAAAGAAUUUGAAAAACUUAGAUUUUAGUAGUGAAGAUGAUGACGAAAGGGAUGAGGAUUUCAAGGGAUCAAGUUCUAGUUCUGAGGAAGAAGAUUUAGAAGAAGAAGAGGAGGAGGAUAGUGAUGAUAGUGAAGAUUAUGCAGUUGGCCGCAGAGGCAAAUCUUUGCGCCCUUUACGAAGGUCAACCAGGGCAAGGGUUUCUCGAUAUGAUGCUGAUUUUGUCAAUGAUGAAGAUGAAGAUAUACCAAGAAAGAAGAAGAAGAAAAUUAAAUAUUUCAGUGAAACUGAAUCAGAAUCUGAUGGUUCAUGGGGAAAGAAAAAGAAAAGGUCUGGUAUGAUUAGAAAGAAAAAAAAGAAGAACAGUAUUUUGGACGAAUUGUCUGAUUUAGAAAUCAAAGUUAAAAAGCGACCCAAAAUAAAAUAUGGCGGGUUAACUUCCAGUGAUGAAGAUUUGGGAAGAGGACGCAGAACUAGAGGGAAAAAAACUACCUAUAUUGAUACUUUGGGAUCAGAUAGUGAUGAUGAGAGGCGGAGAAGAAAUAGAUUGGGUAUAGAAAGUGAUGAUUAUGAUGAUGAAGACUUUGUUGCUAAUGAGGAGGAUGAAGAGAAAGACAGUGAUCCGGUCAACGAAGAUGGUGAUGAAGAUUCGAAAAAUGAGACUGAACGAAAAACUUUUGUACCAAAAAUAUAUAUAAAACCACCAGCAGUUAAGGAAACAGAAAAAUUGAAAGAUGUAGAGAAAACCAAAGAAUCAGAAACACUUAAUGAGCCAGAAAGGUCAAAAGAUGAAGAAGAAGGGAAAGUGAAAACACCACAAUCAGAAAUCCUAAAAGAAAAUGAGGUUCCCAAAGAAAUUGAGAACACCGAAAAAAAAUUGGAUGAAAAAAUUGAGAGAUCUUGUGAAGAGAAAUCAGAUAAAGAGAAGAUGUUGGAGAAAUUAAAGGAAACCUUGGAAAAAUCGAAAGCCGCUAAAGAGGAAUUGGAGUUAAAACCAGUUAAAGUUACACCUAACAUAGAAGAAGAGAGAAAUGGAAAUUCAGGAAAGGAUUUGAGCAAGAAGACCUUGGAUCAUCUAGAUAAGGCAAAGGACUUAAUAAAGAAUUUAUCUGGAGUUGAAGUUGAAAAGAAAAAACGGAAAGCCGUGGAUGGUACAGAAGAUACGCAGGAAUAUUUAGACUUGGCUCAACAAGGAAAAAGACAGCAAGUAUCAAAUAUUACGCACAAACCUAUCAUUAGUAAUGUUGAAAAUAUGAUACAAAACGAUGACGAUAACGAUGAAUUGUCAGAACCUCCAAUGGGAGUUGCACUACCACUUUUUGAUGAAAUAAGUAAAAAAGAUGUACCAGAAGUUGCACAAAAGAAAAGAGGACGUGUUAAAGGCAAGAAAACGUUAGAAGAGGCUCUAACCAACCUAGGCAACAAAAAGCUGGCUUCAGAAGCUGAAUGCAACAUAGAAAUAGCCGCACCUCCUCAGCCAUUCUCACAAACCACGCCAACACCAUCUGUAAUCACUAGAAUGUUGCAAACAAAGCCCGGUCAAACAACUACUUAUCCCAUUGGUUCCAUAAGGCCUAAACAGUUUGCUACAAUGCUUGAUGAUGACGACGAUGAAGAUAAUAAUUCUCUGAUUUCUAAACCUAGAGCUGGCUCACCAGCUGGACAUCAGCCAAUGCCUCCAACAGGUCCUUUCCCUACAGGGGCUCGUGGUCCUGUUGUAAUGCCAUUCAGACCAAUGUAUCCUCCAAAUAUGAACCAUUUUCCUUCUGGAAUGUUACCACCACAUCCAAUAAGAGGUACACCUCCAGGUAUGCACCCAUCAAUGUUCCAACCACACAGAUUUAUGGAUCCGUCUCCUUCGGGAGGUGGACAAGUAAAUAUUCCAGAACAUAAUCCCAGAAUUCACCCACCACCUUCCGGAAGUCCUGGAAGCAAGGGUGAUAUACAAAAUUUUUCGAGAACACCUCCCCCUAACAGAUUUUCUCCCGUUGGUAUAAACCCAAGUCAUCCAGGACCCCGUCCACAGCACAUGUUACCACCGCAUUUACCACCACCUAGACCACCUUAUCCUCCUCCUCUUCCUAAUCAAUCAACUCAGCCACCCGGAUAUUAUCCACCUUAUCAUGCAAGUAAUGAACCUAUCCCACCGCCUAGGGAUGAAUCUCUCCCGCCCGAUCCCUAUCACAAUGUCCCGCCUCCCUAUGAGCAACCAUUUGAAGUAGCAGAGGAAGAUGAAGCUUUGCCUCAGCAGAAUACCGAGAAUAGUCAAGGAAGUGGAGAAGAAGAAACUGUUGGUGAAUUUGGCGGCCUAGUAUCAUAUUUUUCAAGUCAAAGGGACGAAGAUUUAGAAUCAUAGUUUGAGAUAAGAAGUAAAAGGGCUAUUAUUCUAACAGUAACUGAAGUCUGUUGUAGGACAAAAACAUAUGUAUGUUGGAUGGGCGAGAUAUUGACUGAAAAUUUACAAAACGGUUUUGUACAAAAAUGUAUAUGGAACUAUUUUUUAAAAUAUAGAUUUGGAUAAAAGUGGUUGUUCACCACUAUAAUUUCUUUUUAUAAAAAUCUUUUUUCAGUGUGAGAUAAGGGACAUAAUUAUAUUUUUUGUUGAGUAGUAUUUUCUAAUUAGUAUUUAACCAUGAAAUUUUUAGAUUGGUAACUCAGUCAUUAUUAUUUUUUAUACCUGCGAUAUAUCCAAAUAAAUUUCAUUAGCUAUUUGGAAUUUUCUAUGAUGUUUUGUAUAUUGAAUCUACCACGAAAAUUAUUAAUCAUCAUGAAUUUUGGAUCCUGCUACACAGAACAACUUAUGGGGUUUUGUUCAAGCCUGUUUGUAUAUUUAUGUGGCUAGAUUAUAAUAUACAAUAAGUUUGUAUUAAUUUUUAUUUCACUUAUUCACUCCUUUUAUACCACUGUUUUCACUGCAAAGUAGGGUUACAAGUAAAAUAUAUGUAAGAAGAUUAAAUUGAAGUAAUAGUGUAAUUUAAUUUGAUUGCCUAAACUUGUCAAAUUUAAAAUAUCUUUGUAUAAUUUUAUAUUUAACAAAAAUAUUUCUUUACCAAAACUAUUAUCAGGAAGCCAACUAUUCUGAUAAUUUAGCUUUCCAAUUGACUAUGACGGUAAUACUAUUUAUCUCUACAAUAAUUAGGUUUAUGAAUAUUUUUUUGUGAUAAAUUGAUAAAUCAUAUAUAGUUUUAUAACAAUAUAAUUAUAAUUUUUGAAUUCAGCUCCCUAACAAACCUGAGCGCGUGUGACGUUAUAAUCUUAGUUUUCACUCAUGGCAGUUGAUAUAAAAAUAAUAAGUGUUUUGAUCUAUUUAAUUUUGUUGUCAUUGUUAAGUAUUCAAAUUUAAAUUGAAAAUGUCGAACCUCAAAAGUUAUCGUUCUUGUUUUGUACCAUUAUGUACGAAGACUACAAAAACAACUGACAAAAUGUUUUUAAAGAUUAUUAUUGGUUAUAACAUCAAACACCUUAAAUUUAAUAGCAUAAAUUACUUACUGAAGCUGCAGGGUCAAGGCAUUGAACAUCGAAUUUUUCUUGACAUUUUAUUAAUAGUUGAAAGUAACUGAAUACUCUUUAAUCCGAACUCAGUGUUUUGGACAUACCCGACCUUUUAUAAUGCAAAUAUUAUUUUUACGAGACAUAGUUGAACAUAACCUAUAGCUAUGUCGCCGUAACUCUCACGCGAUGCUCUACAAUUUAUGAAAUAAAUAAUUAUAUUUAAUAUAAUGGAGAAUAAAUACUUAAAUAUUUUCAUUUAUUCAAUUUUUUUAACAGACUCAUCUUAAUGCCUUUGCACCUCAAACUUCAGCAGAAUUAGACCGAACGUCAUUUUUUAAAAAAAUUGGUUAUAAAAAUAUCAACAUCAGGAAUAUUAUCAGACUUUGCCUCAAUAAAUCCUUUAUCACACAUAGCUAAUCGGAACCAACUAACCACUCGGUUUUUGGCAAUAAAUUCUCAAUAUUAUUGUCUAGUCACAUGUAAUAGCAAUAUCAAUAUUAUUGAUAAUAAAGUUUUAAAAUACACAAAAAAUCAAUAAUUUUUUAUUUCAAAAACCCAAGUUUUUCUCGAUUUCAUUUAAAAACUCAUCAGAUAUUUUGAAUUAGUUGAUAGAAAAUAGAAUUUCAAUGGUUAGCUUAAAAAAAACUACAAAGUAUAUAUGCUAGAUAGUAUGUCAGUUGCUAUGUGCUUUUCUCAUUUUUUUACCAUAUAUAUUAUUUUAGUGUAAUAAAUAAAACAUAUGUCUACUGCUCAUCCAUCUAAUUGGUAAAUGUGACUUGGUGGGAUAAAAUAUCAGGAUAGAUUUAAUAAAUUUUAUAAUUAUGAUGUAAAUACUUAAUUUUAGUAGUUGUAAAUAGAUGUAAAUAAUUCUUUGUUUUUAUUUUAUGUGAUUAAAAAGUUAUAACUUCAAGUAAUAUUAUUUAUCCAAUUGUGUCUCUACCAAAUACUUUAUCAUAUAUUUUCCACAUUAAUGUAAAUUUUCAAAAAUAAGACCUCAAGUUGAAUAAUAAUUUUUUUAAACUAUUUUGAAUAUUAUUUUUAGUUAUUGGUCUUUUGGUAUGUUCAAACUCAACAUUUGUAAAUUAUAAAUCACUUUCAAAAUGCUUUUUUUUUUAUAAACAAGAGUUGGGGCAAAAGGCAUACAACAGACUAGUUUAUUGCAAUAGCAUACAAUGCAAUUUAAAUAGAAUCAGCAUUUGCCGCACCGUUUGUGAUUCGGGUCACCUGUUGUUGCACAUCAUUAGCAAUUCCCAUUUUGCAAACCACUUACCACAUACUGCUUCUUAUCGCGAGAAUACAGUUGAUGCACCAAUUCUUAUCAUCCCCAACGUUGAAGGGCUACUUCAAUCUCGGUACUACCAGCUAUCACACACUAUACCUGCAGAACUUAAAACACAUACAUUUACGAUUCGUCCUCAUAUCUACAAGAGAAAAAUGAUUGCUAUGACAUAUGCCCCAACGCUCGUAUUUAUUUAAUCAAAUGAUAUUUUUAAUUUUCAAUGAAUUUAUUUGUCAUUUUUACUGAUUAUGAAUUGAUAUUGUGAUUUAUUAUUAUUUUCUUGAAUUGCUAUAUACAAUCUCCAGCAAAAUUAACGCUAUUUCCUAAUUUUAAAAAAUAUUCCAAAUUAUUUGAGCAAAAUUUAUUAAGGUGGAGUUAAACUCAUUUUUAAAGUUUUAAUAAAGUUAAGAGCUAUGUCGUGUUCUUCAAGAAAAUGAUCUAAAUCAUUUCUUACAUUUUAAGAAAUUUCCAUUUUUUGCACGACAGCUAAAAGUAUUGAUAAGUUAUUAUUAAUCCUAAAAAGAUAAUUUUAUUUCAUGUAGAGAUAUUGAAAGUUAUAAUCAAAACAAAAUUAUGCGUUUUUUUGCUGGGCCGCUCUUUUUAUUUUGAGCCAUUAGUAAAUCUGUUUUGUUAUUUUUAAGGUAGGCCAAGCGCCACAGAAAAAAAAUGGGUUAAUAAUGCCAAGUUCUGGAGAACGGAUUUUUUUAAUAUGUCAGGGGUGUCUCCUGAAUGUAAACCAAGCGGGCGUCAUGGGGGGUCGCCCGCGUCAGCCGCUAUCUUGGAAAACACGUUUUAUCCACCAUCACACUAUUUAUAAUUUUAAUUGAUUCACUACACAGUUUUAUUGACAUUUUAUGUGUUAUGAAACGUUUUUCGUAUACAACGAGCAAUAUUGCCAUCGAUAAUGUACGAGGUACAAGCUCUAUCAACCUGCAGCUCUUAAACUAUAAAUGUUACGGGAAAAUUUAUAGGAAAUUUCUUGCUCUACAAAUUCAGUUAUCAUCAUUAUUAAUUUAUCAUGAACCUAACAAAAACCAUAUUUUAAAACCUAUGCGUUAUACAAAAAAAGUUUUAAAUAAAAAAGAUGGCAAAAAUUAGUCUAAAAAAAUUUUUGUCGUACGAUGUGCGGUUCGCGAGAUAUUCGAUAAAAUUCUGAACAUAUUCUAAAAAAAAUCCGUUCUCUAGAACUUUGCAAAAAGAAGUAUCCGUCGCUUGGUCUAAGGGGUAAAAAUCUAUUAUUUUAUCUGGAUUAGCAUUGUGUUUUUAAUAUUUGAAUAGAAUUACUUUGGUGCUCAUUUUGAAUCAAACAAUAAUUAUUUUUACAAUAAUUCUAUCAAGUAAUAAUAAUGUUAUGAUUCUUAUGGUGCCUCUAAAGUAACUUUUGACUGAAAUUACUUACUCAUCACAAAGUAUAUCGUUGGGUUAAGUAAUUUAUUACAAUGGAUUGGAUUCGUAUCUACUGAGAUAAUUAUUUCUGGGUAACAUAUUUUAAGCAAAUAUUGUGGUAUUCAAAUCAAUGCGACGCUGUUGAUCCAGGUAGCAUAAUAUUUUUAAUUUAUUUGAGUUAGUUAAAAAAAAAACGAAGUCUCGAAUGGAAUAUAUAUUUGAAUGCUACAGUGAUAAAAUCAUUUUAUGUAAAUGACAUAAGAUAAUUGGACUUAUUAAAUGUUGAAGGAAAACUUAACAAAAGGUGUCUUCAUCCAGAAAAUUUUUAGAUAAAGUUGAGUUGGAUGGACAUACAAUUCCAUCUAGUAUAUAUAAUUUGCAUUUGAAAAGAGUCGAUAGACAUCCUGUAUAAAUUGAGUAUGUGACAGAUAUCUUUGAUAAAUGUACAUUAUAGCUAUCUAUUUGUUUACUUUAAUUUUGUGCAAUUAUAAAUUAUAUAUAUUCCACUUUUUUCUUUUAGGCAGUUUUUCUUUCAUAUAUUUAUUUUGAUAUAAAUUGUGUAUUUGAAUUGUAUUUAAUAAAGUAUAUUGUGUAUAA